AUGGCGACAAUUGAGCCUGCGUCCCCGCAGGCCGGGUAUGCUGAUGAUCACCCCGCGAUGACCGAGAAGGGUCGCGCUGUCCGGACCUUGGUGGAGGCCGACUUGCUGGAUGAUCGCUAUGAGACCACCCAGCGUGGUCUGAAGAGCCGUCAUGUUCAACUGAUGGCCCUGGGUGGUACUAUCGGAACGGGCCUGUUCGUUGGAUCCGGUCAGUCGCUCGCUACUGGUGGUCCGGCCUCGCUGCUCAUGGGCUACAUCUUCAUCUCCGCCAUGGUCUACGGUCUGGUCACUGCCAUCGCCGAGAUCGGUGCUUACCUCCCCGUUCACGGUGGUACCAUGUCUUACCAUGGUUUCCGAUACGUCUCGCGCAGCAUGGGUUUCGCCAUGGGUUAUCUCUACUGGUACUCGCUCGGCAUUCUAGUGCCGUACGAGAUCACCGCAGCCGGUCUGGUCAUCGGGUAUUGGGAUACUAACGGAACCGUCAACAUUGCCGUGUGGAUCACCAUCAUGAUGGUCGUGAUUAUUGCCCUCAAUUUCUUACCCGUGCGCUUCUACGGUGAAUCCGAGUUUUGGUUCUCAGGUAUCAAGAUCAUCACUUUGGUCGGUCUGCUCAUGGUCUCCUUCAUUCUGUUCUGGGGCGGUGGUCCCAACCGCCAGCUUUUGGGUUUCCACUAUUGGAAGCAUCCCCGCGCGUUUAACGAGUACAUCGUGACGGGAGAUGCCGGUCGCUUUGUCGGCUUGCUCAAGUGCACCGUUUCCAGUGCUAUUGCCUUUAUCUUCGCCCCCGAGCUGAUCAUCAUCAGUGGUGGAGAGAUGGAGUCCCCCCGACGCAACGUGCCUCGCGCUGCCCGCCGUUACAUCUACCGUCUGGUCUUCUUCUACAUUCUAGGUGUCUUGGCGAUCGGUGUCAUUUGCCCGUCUAACGCCUCACAACUCACCGCGGGUAACGGAACGGUCAAGUCCUCCCCCUUUGUGGUGGGCAUCAAGAACGCAGGUAUUCCCGUGCUCGACCACAUCGUCAACGCUGCCGUGUUGACCUCUGCAUGGUCUGCCGGAAACUCCUUCCUGUACAUGUCCUCCCGAUCGCUCUACUCCCUGGCCAUGUCCGGCAACGCACCCAGCGUCUUCAAGACCUGCAACCGCUGGGGUGUCCCCUACUACGCCGUCAGCGUCUCAGCCUUCUUCUCCGCGCUGGCCUACCUCUCAGUCGGCAACUCCAGUUCCAUCGUCUUCAACUGGUUCAUCAACUUCACCAACACCUCCGGCUUCAUCUCCUGGAUCUGCUGCUGCAUCGUCUUCUUGCGGUUCCGCAAGGCCACCGCCGCCCAGGGCAUCGAGCUGCCCUACAGGUCCCGCCUCCAACCCUACGGCGCGUACUUUGGUCUCGCGGGCGCCACACUGAUGAUGCUGAUCAACGGGUUCACCGUCUUCUUCCCGUCGGAAUGGUCGGUCAGCAACUUCUUCACCGCGUACAUCGGUAUCCCGGCCUUCUUGAUCUUGUACUUUGGUCACCGCUUCCUGUACUGGAGUGACCCGUGGGCCUGGCGCCCGGAGGAGGUGGACAUGCACACUGGCCUGCAGGAGAUUAUUGAUGCCGAAUUGCCGGAAAGACCCAAGGGUCCUUGGUGGCAGAUUCGGUGGUAA